UUCAAUUUUUUGUCAUAUUAAAUUCAUUCAAUUCAUUAAAAUUAAAAUACUAUAAUACCAAGGAAAAAAAUUAAAUGCGUUUGGGCCCAAAAAGGAGUUCCAAUUAAGGUAGUCCCACUAGUUCUCUGUUGGGCUUCUUUUACAGUCAGAACUCAACUCAGAAGUCCAUUCUCGUCUUUCGUCUCUUUUUCACCUUUUUCAAUUUCAUUUCUCCAGAACACAAAAAUCGCCGGAACAGUGCAGUCCCAAAACUCGAUUAUGUAGCGAAAUCGAUUCCUCCCCUCCUUCUCUGUCGGGUCACGGCUGGCAUCGACUCAAUCUGCUGAAUUCCGCGCUGUCAGAAUAGCGUCAGCUCGAAGUUGAAUCGUUUGGCCCUGCAAUGGCGGAGCUCCAAUUGCUUGCCGUGCGUUAAAAGAGUCUGACGGAAGUUGUAGCUGUACGGCGAGUAAACUUCAGGUGAGUUCACUAAUUCAAGGAUUUGUUUGAAUAAUUGGGAUAGUUAUGAAAUGUGAUUAUUCGGGAAUUAAGAGGAAUUAAGCGCAGAGGCUUAGCCAAUUGAGUUGUUGCCAAGAUGUAUCAAAGUUUUAGCCAUGCGCUAGAUACAUAUGCAAACAUUGGUCGCAAGCUCUGUUCAUACGCAUCUUUGAUCAGCAUUACCGUGUAUACCCUGGUCUUGCCCACUGGAAUGCAGCAGUUCUUGUUCAUGGAAGUUUUUACCUGCUGCAGGGUAUGAUCUGAUGGCACCUGAGAAGCAGAGAAUAUUGAUGGUUUCGGAUUUCUUCUAUCCCAACUUUGGUGGCGUGGAAAAUCACAUAUAUUACCUCUCACAAUGCCUGUUAGAGCUUGGUCACAAGGUAGUCGUUAUGACCCAUGCUUAUGGUAAUCGCUCUGGUGUGAGAUACAUGACAGGAGGGCUGAAAGUUUAUUAUGUACCAUGGAGGCCAUUUGUGAUGCAGAACACAUUGCCUACCUUCUAUGGCACCCUUCCAAUCAUAAGGACUAUUCUUAUUCGAGAACAGAUAUCGUUGGUCCACGGGCACCAGGCUUUCUCAACUCUUUGCCACGAAGCUCUGAUGCAUGCACGUACGAUGGGUUACAAAGUUGUGUUCACGGAUCAUUCGCUUUAUGGGUUUUCUGAUGUUGGAAGCAUCCACAUGAACAAGGUUUUGCAGUUCACUUUAGCUGAUGUCACACAGGCCAUCUGUGUUUCUCACACGAGCAAGGAGAACACGGUGCUUCGGUCGGGUAUUCCACCAGAAAAGGUCUAUAUGAUUCCAAAUGCUGUGGAUACGGCCAUGUUCAAACCAGCAGAAGAGCGACCCGGUGGCAAUGAAAUUGUUAUUGUUGUUAUAAGUAGAUUGGUUUACCGUAAGGGAGCAGAUUUGCUUGUUGAAGUCAUUCCUGAAGUCUGCCGGUUGUACCCCAAUGUCCGUUUCAUUGUCGGAGGUGAUGGGCCCAAACGUGUGCGCCUUGAAGAGAUGAGGGAAAAGCACUCCCUCCAAGAUCGGGUUGACAUGCUGGGUGCUGUUCCACAUGCUUCUGUGCGAUCCGUUUUGAUCUCUGGUCACAUAUUCUUGAACAGUUCUUUGACAGAAGCAUUCUGCAUAGCCAUAUUAGAAGCUGCAAGUUGUGGAUUACUGACAGUGAGCACUCGUGUUGGAGGUGUGCCAGAGGUUCUACCAGAAGACAUGGUUGUACUUGCUGAGCCAGAUCCUGCCGAUAUGGUGCUAGCGAUCAAGAAGGCCAUAUCUCUGCUUCCAGAAAUCGAUCCUCAAGUUAUGCAUGAACGUAUGAAGAAACUCUACGACUGGCAUGAUGUUGCCAAGAGGACAGAGAUAGUAUAUGAUCGUGCACUUAAAUGCCCCAAUCAACCUUUGCUUGGGAGAUUAUCACGGUACCUUUCUUGCGGUUCGUGGGCAGGCAAGCUUUUCUGCUUGGUCAUGAUUAUUGAUUUCCUACUGUUGCACCUGCUGCAAUUAUGGCAGCCGGAAGAGGACAUCGAUAAGGUGCCUGAUUUUGUUAUCCCUCCGGUAGAGAUUUCCUCGGCUUUUGAUCAGGAGCAAGAUGAUUAAUCUUCAACUGUCUGGCUAUUGUGCACAUGGAGUGAUGUUUUUUCUCCCUUCACGAAAGCUGUUGUUUGGUUUCGUUUUCGUGGGUUCUCCAUGUCUCUUUUUACUGGUAGAUAGCUUUUACCUCCGAGGUCAAAAAUUGUAACUUUUGAUCAUGAAGAACAGAGUUGUUUUUGUUAUUCUUGUAAUAGGAUUGCCUUGUAAGCUUUCGAUCCUGAAAUGAAUGCAUUGCAUUGGUUUUCAAACCCAAAAAUGGGCUCGAAGAUAAAAUUUUAAAAUUUAAGAGGGAUAAAGAAAGGAUAGCAGAGUUUAGGGACUUGAGAAGUAAUUUGUUCUUUAAUUAAAGAGAAGUCCCACAAGUAGGGGGUGUUCAAAUGGUUACCGUGGUAAUAACCAAACCAAUUAAGCCUAAAUUUCAUUGACCAUGGAAUAAAAUGUCUUAACCAAACUGUCCAAAUUAACACGAAAACCAAAUUAAUCAAACCAAAUUAACCAAACCAAAAUUUAAUUGGUUUGGUUGAUAGGAUAAUCGGAUUAACCAAAUAACAUAACAUUAUAUGAAAACAAUUAUCCUAUUAAUGAAUAAAACAUAAUCAUAUGUUAUUACUAUCAUAAACUAUCAUUAUAUAUAAACAAUAAAUAAUAAGACUAAUCAUUCAUGCUUAUCAUCAUCAUUCGAGUUAAUACAUCAUUCAUCAUCUCUACACCUAAUAUAGUUAGCUUACAACAAACCUUUAACAUAAAUAUUAAAUAUAAUUCAAUACCACUCAUCGGGAAGUUAAAGCUCUUCUACAAAACACUUAAAAUAUACCUAGUUUGAGGUGACUGUCAUGGUAUUGUAUGUAAUCCUAAAGUCUAGUAGUUGUCCAAAAUGUUUUGAUUUAGUAAAUAGGCAGACCUAGGGCUGGACGUUCGGGUUCGGUUUUAUGGGUAACCCGAAAUCGGACCAAAUUUUCUGGGUUUUGGGUACCCGGGAACCGAAAUAUCAUAGUGAAAAAUGGGUCUCGGUAUCGCAUGUGGCUAUUAUUUGGGUUUUGGGUAAACCGAACCCGGACCCGAAAAUAAAAGGACCCGAAGUGGAACCAAACCCCAGCCCACAGGGCCAAAUAUCAUAUGGCCCAUAGCCACACAUACGGGCCAGCCCAGCCUUCAGGCCCCAAGCCUAGCCGAAGUUCGGACCUCCUUAGACCCCUAACCCUAAAUCUCUACACUCCACUUCCCACUCCAGCAGCCAACGAAAGCAACCCUCCAUUUUUUUCUUGAAUAAAGCUGUUGUAACAGGUUGUCUUCGAUGGCUGAUGGGUAUUCGGGGGACCUAACCAUACCCGAGAACCGUGACUUCGGGUCUCGGGUAGCCAAGAACCGAGCCUGGGUCGGGUCUGGUUCCUCAAACUGGGGUUUUUUGGGUCCGGGUACCCGCAUAUUUCGGUCCGGGUACUAGGACCCGACCCGAUCUCCAGCCCUAGGCAGACCCAUUUGAUUUUGACCCAUAAUGCUUUGGUUUGUUGUGCACAUGGAAAUAAAAUAGGAAAUCACUA